GAUGCAUGAAUAUUGGUUGAUUAGUGCACCUGGCGAUAAGAGUCCCGAAGAGACGUUCAAUCGAAUCAAAAGUAUUAAAGAUCGAAUCGAUGGAUGCAACUGUCAUCGUUUCAAUUUUCCAUUGAACGAUUUAAGAGUAGGUACACUUGACUCGCUUGUAGAGCUGUCAGAUGUUCUGCAGAGGCAGGAUCAAUACAUAGAGGCAGUGGUGCGAAAGUUGGUAUCAUACUUGAUCGAAAUCUUGGAGACACAGGCGGAUAGUUUGGAAGACCACUUGAUGGUUGCCAAUCGAACUGCAUAUAGAGCGUAUCUCGAGCACUUCACGUGGGAUUUUGCAAAGUACCCGGUGCAACAAUCGCUAAAAAGUUUGUUGGAUCACAUUGUUAAAGAAGUCGGGCAGAUUGAAUCUGAACUGAAAAGCAAAUCGCAGGACUAUACAGCACUUCAGAACAGCAUCCAAUCUUAUGUCAGGCAACAAACUGGAUCUCUGAUUACAAGGGAUCUUGAUGGCAUUAUAAAGAGGGAGCACGUGGAGCAUGUCUUAAAUAGUGAAUAUUUUACCAUCGCUGCGGUGGUAGUCCCGAACUCUGCGGUAGAUGAGUGGAAAAAGACGUACGAGAGUUUGUUGCCCGAAAAAGUAGUUCCACGUUCUUCUCAAAUGAUUUUCAGUGACCAUGAAAAUACUUUAUUCACGGUGACACUCUUUGCCGCGCAGUUCGCGCCGUUCAGGGAAAAGUGUCGAGAGAAGAAGUUCAUGGUAAGGAAUUAUACCUACAACGAAGAGGUGCUCUCGCAAAAUAAGCAGAAACAAAAAGAGCUGGAGCACAAAAGAGAUAAACAGUACCGGAAUUUGCUGCCUUGGUUGAAAAUUCAAUUUGGCGAAGCAUUCUCAGCUUGGAUCCACAUGAAAGCCCUGCGAUUGUUCGUCGAGUCUGUUCUCCGUUACGGCCUCCCCGUGAACUUCGUGUCUGCCUUGAUGCACCCGAGGCCCAAGACACAGAAAAAACUGCGAGACAUGUUGAACAAAGAGUUCGACAAGUCUGAGGGAGGAGCUCUCUCUGAGGACAUUGAGAUGUCGCGCCAGUUCGGAUUCCAGGCAGAGGAGUUCUACUCGUAUGUCUCCUACCCUAUCAAACUGGAUUUCGCGGUUGCAAGUUCAAUUGUGAAAUAAAUCGCGAGACGAACUGAAGUCAAAUUUUUAACGGAUCUUGAGUAUGAAAUGUCGUAUAAUCAAGUUUUAAAUAUUCUUUAGCGUAGAUAAGAGCUUAAAUUUAAACCACAUUUGAUCAAAAAUAAAUGUGUUGUAUUUGACAAGUUUAAAUUUAAGCUGAUUAGCAGUUUAACUGUUUCGACUCAGGUGCUUCUAUCAAGUAUUCGAAAUCAAUUUGAUCAAUUGCUUUGAUAUUCUGAAAUUGUUCAUUUAGUUGUAAACUGUAUAUUUAUGCAUCAGUAACACAAGUCUGUUUCAACUAAUUUUGAGCUUAUUUGGUUAAUUGUAUACUGGAAUGAUUUUCCUAAAUUGUAUUCAAAUAUUUUCAGUACGGAACUAUCGAUUUUAUUCUCGCGAUUAUAUGCUAAUUUAA